UCUGAGAGGAGGGGCAGAUAGCGCUCGGUUUUAGCCUGCUUGAUACCGUUUUAAUCCCAUUUAAUUAAAUCUUUAACCUGAUUGGGCAGAGAGCGCAGUCCCGGUGGGCGAAUCUUCAUAAUAAUAACCUGCUUGGAGAAAGGAUGUAACAGACGCCCGACUGCCGUUGCAGCUGCGCGCUCCCAAGAUCUGGUGCCGGCGAGUCAAAGCACGAUACAGGCAAGUGGACGGCGCCACAGCGCGAGCUGCCGCCUCGUAGGUCACCUGACAGGUAUCAGGAUCAACUUGAGUGGCUGCAAACUUUGAAACGACGCCAGUGGUGGUCGCUCGACCGCGGGAGGAGAGCAGACCCCGAAAGGACUAUGCAUAGGAAUACGGGCUUGGAGAGAGCGGAGGGGGCAACUUUCCACAAAACUCUCAGCGCCGUCUCAAGCAAAACAAUGUCCUCGUUCAGAGCAGAUGCCAGUAUUGAUCAUCCAUCGCGGGACCGCCAAUCACCACUCAGUUGUUUCGAUCGGACUGACUCGGACCCAGUCCAGCCAGGGGCGCUCGGUCUACCGACCGGGUCUUUGUGCGAAAAGUACGUGGAAAGCGGCGACAGGGCUUUGGUGGCGGAGAGCAGCGGCGGGGAACAGAGUCCAGACGAUGACAGCGACGACAGAUGUGACAUUGUUCACAUGACAGACAGGACGGCGGCGGCGCCCGGAGGUGCAUCUGCGGGUAGGAAGAACAAGGAGCAGAGGGUGUUGAGGCUGAACAUCAACGCGCGCGAGAGGAGGCGCAUGCACGACCUGAACGACGCGCUGGACGAGCUGAGGUCAGUGAUACCCUACGCGCACAGCCCCUCCGUGCGGAAGCUCUCCAAAAUCGCUACCCUGCUGCUGGCCAAAAAUUACAUCCUCAUGCAGGCCCAGGCAUUGGACGAAAUGAGACGGCUGGUGGCUUACCUCAACCAAGGCCAGGGGGUUUCUGGUCCUUCUGCGCCUGCCUCUUCUGGUCACAGUGCGGGUUUGGGUAGCUACGAACAACCGAGCGGUUACCCCUUCGGUGCCGGAGCUGCCGCUUCCUCGUGUCCCGAGAAAUGCGCCCUUUUCAGCAGCUUGGCGUCUAACCUCUACAAAGAAUGCAUGGACAAGCCUUAGAUGUAGCAAAAGGACAACCGAAAAGGACUAAAACUUUUCCAUAUAUGAAUGAGGAAACCACAGUAAUGAGACAGAAAUCCGCACUGCAACAUACAUCAUUCUUAAAAGGAAUCAUAUCAUCCAAAACACUUUUUGUACUGUGCGCGAAAUUCACUGAAUGUGAGGUCGGUUUAAAGAACAAUUGUGCCUGGUUGCCCAGUGAUAUCUGUUUGUUUGAAUAUCUUAUGGUUUUAUGAGCAUGUAUGUACAUGCACACACACAGUCCCUCUUUAUUAAGCAUAGAUAACGCAGGUACGCUGCUGUAAAUAUUACAGAUAUGGACGAGUGUAAAUUCUUAAUC